GUGAGAUUGUCGAGACCGCAGGAACAAUAAAGCCAAAAAUCAGUGAAAUCUCUCACAAAAAAAGCAAAUUCAUUGAAAAUUCAAUGAAUAACCGCGUCACGCAUCGAUAAAAGGCGAUUUUAUCUCUCGGGAAGCCCGAAAAUCGCUGAAAAAGUGAAAAACAAGACUCUCUCGGAUUACUUUUUAUCAACUCUAACACCACCAUCAUCAAAAUACAACAACUCUAAAAAAAUUAAACAAAGAUUUUCUUGAGAAUCAGAAAAAGUCCUCCUUUGAAUAAAGAAAUUAAUUAAAAUAAACGGAGGAAAAAUAAAUAAAUAAAGUCUGUGUUUAAAAAAAAAUAAAAAUAUUAAAAAAAAAUUCAAGAUAAAAAAAAUAAAUAUUGAAAAAAAAAAUAAAAAAAUUUUUAAAAUAAAUAUUAAUAAAAAAAAAAAUUAAGAGGAAAAAAGUGAUAAAUGUCCAAUAAAAAUUUUAUCGUGAAGUAAAGUGGCGUUAAAUGCAGUAACGCAAGUUGUCGGAAAAUCCCCUCCCUUUUGUCAUUCAUAAAAGGCAACAAACGUACAAGAAAGAAGGAGUACGUCGAAAAAUCCUUACUGAAGGAUUAAAAUCGGAUAACAGUAAAAAAAAAUAUUAAAUAUCGUGUGACGUGCGAAAAACACGAAAAAUAUAUUUAAAAAAAAAUUAAUUGAUAGAUUUAUCGAUUAAACAUAAAUUUCGCCAAAUUUAAAGAAAAAACAUCUCUCUUUGUUUAUAUAAAUUUUUAUAUUUAUUUAUUUGUGAGGUCAACCAUGAAGAAGGCGAAGAGACAUGAAGUGCACGCGUAACGCCAGCAACGACGUAAAAUAAUGAUAAUAAUGAGGAUUAUCAUACUUAAUAAUUCAACGACAGUAAUUUAGUGCGACUACCUACACGUGAAGUGAACUUUCUUCGUUAAAAACACUCGAAAGAAAGCCGAAGAAGCAACAGGAUUCGUUGCUCCGCGCGAUAUUUAUUAUUAGAAAAAGAACAAUUUAUAUUAAUUACGAAAAAUUCUUUCAUUUCGUGAAUUUUUCACAUAAAAACAAGGAAAAUGGGCAAUAAAUGUUGCAGUAAGCGUCAAGAGCCAGAUGGGCAGUUUACGUAUCACAGUGGCUACAAGAAGGCAGAUGGCAGUUUGAAUUCGUCGUCGGGCCCCAAACUGAUAAAUGGCGGUUCGCUGGACUCGCGUUACACGCCGGACCCGAAUCGAGGGCAGAUAAAGGCGAAACCGGGGGGCGUUGAUAUCAUUCGACCUCGACCUUCUCAUCCCACAAAUCAUAACCGCCGAAUUGUCGUUGCGCUGUACAAUUACAAUGCACGCGAAGAUAGCGACGUGUCGUUCGUCAAAGGAGAUCGGAUGGAAGUUUUGGAUGAUACGGAAACGGAUUGGUGGCGCGUCGUACAUUUGACGACACGACAAGAAGGGUUGAUUCCAUGGAAUUUUGUUGCUGAGGAACGGAGCAUCAAUAGUGAAGACUGGUUCUUUGACAAUGUCACACGAAAAGAAGCCGACAAAUUAUUACUUGCGGAGGAUAAUCCCCGAGGCACAUUUUUAGUACGUCCCUCGGAGCACAAUCCCAACGGUUACUCGCUAUCGGUUAAAGACUGGGAAGAAACGCGCGGUUAUCACGUCAAACAUUACAAGAUCAAGCCCAUGGACAAUGGCAGCUACUACAUCGCAACAAAUCAGAUUUUCCCGUCGUUGCAGGCCUUGGUGAUGGCUUACACGAAAAACGCCCUUGGAUUGUGCCACGUCCUUUCGCGCGCCUGCCCCAAGCCCCAGCCGCAAAUGUGGGAUUUGGGUCCGGCACUGCGUGACAAAUGGGAAAUUAAUCGCAGCGAAAUUCAGUUGAUACGCAAACUGGGUCGCGGUAACUUCGGCGAAGUUUUCUACGGAAAAUGGCGCAACAAUAUCGAAGUUGCUGUGAAAACGCUGCGCGAGGGUACAAUGUCAACGGCGGCAUUCCUGCAAGAAGCUGCCAUUAUGAAGAAAUUCCGUCAUAAUCGUCUCGUGGCAUUGUAUGCCGUUUGUUCGAAGGAGGAACCGAUUUACAUUGUGCAAGAAUAUAUGUCGCGUGGCAGUUUGUUGGACUAUUUGCGCGAAGGCGACGGGAAAUAUUUGCAGUUUGAGGACUUGAUUUACAUUGCGGCGCAAAUUGCGAGCGGCAUGGAGUAUUUGGAGAGCAAAUUGUUGAUUCAUCGCGACUUGGCGGCACGAAAUGUGCUGAUUGGCGAGAAUAAUAUCGCGAAAAUUUGCGAUUUUGGCUUGGCUCGAGUGAUAGCUGAUGACGAAUAUUGUCCGCGACAAGGCUCCCGAUUCCCCGUUAAAUGGACUGCGCCCGAGGCGAUCGUGUACGGAAGAUUUUCGAUCAAAUCCGAUGUUUGGUCUUACGGAAUUUUGUUGAUGGAGUUGUUCACAUAUGGGCAAAUUCCGUAUCCGGGCAUGCAUAGCAGAGAAGUGAUUGAACAGAUCGAACGCGGAUACCGGAUGCCAAAACCAUCUAGUCACCAUCUCCCCGACGACAUUUACGGACUCAUGUUGCAAUGUUGGGACGCUGUACCGGAGAAACGACCCACAUUCGAGUUCCUCAAUCACUAUUUCGAAGGUUUCACAAUAACAUCCGAGGUCCCCUACAGAGAGGUGCAGGACUAAAAACCUUGAGAAUCCGAGCCGUGCGAUAUUUAGAACCAUACUUGAAGGAAAUUGUAGCAUUUAUACCAAAAAAAAAGUAACUUUACUCUACUUUACCUUUAAAUUUAGACACAUGUAGAACCCUCACACCCAUGAAAAAAAAUAAUCGAAUCCAAAUUUUACCUUGAAUCAACCUAAAAUACCCGUAAAAAUAGAAAAUAAGCAAAAAAUGAAUGAUGAACGACGAACUGAACUCAGGCUCUCUUAAAUUCUUUCCGCAUCAGGGAUGUCUUGUAGUUGGGCAAGCAAACGCACGCGACAGGAAUUCACAGAAAACACACAAAAUUUUUAUAUAAAAGUUCCUUUUUUUCUGUGACGCGACAAAAAAUUACGAUUUUUGUACUGAAAAAAUAUAAAAAAUAGCAUUUUAACACAAAUUCUCCGUAGAAAGUAGAUAUCGGUAGAUAAUAUAAUCGUCCAGAGCUUUUAAUAUUUUAAUUUGCUGCGAGAAACGUAAAAACGCACAACGUUUCCCUUUUUCCCCGAUUAUUUUUUUUAAUAUGAAAAAACUACUCAGACAACACACAAUAGCUUAAAAAUAAAAAAUUUUCUACUUUUAUACAGAAAACAAUGAAAUUAAAAAAUAGUGUAGUGUGGUUCCAAAAAAAUAAAUAUCAAGUGUCCAUAAGAAAAAAAAAUUGUAGAAUUAAAAAAAUUUAAAAAAAAAAAUAAGAACUGAUUAAAAAUUAAAAUUUUCCUCAAAAGGAAAAAAAUUAAUAAAAUGAAUUCUCGAACCAAAGCUUAAUAAAAAAAAAAAUUUGUCUUUCUCGUAAGAUUUUUCGUCACACUUCUAGUCACACACUAUCUUCUGACUUCCUGAAAUAUCCAAUUCUUACGAAA